UCAAACUCGAUGAAUGCAAACCCUCUGUGCUUCUCUGACUCAUAAUCAAGAGGAAUUUGAACGUCGACUAUUUCACCAAAUGGAAUGAAUGCGGCAUGGAGAAUUUUCUCAUCGACUUCCUCUGCAAGUCCACCUUUGCACCAGUGGAAACAUCCGACAUGGUUUCACCCAAGGUUGAUAAUAUACUAUUCACCCAUUGAUCACCUACAUAACCAACACAAAGUCCGGGGAGGGGAGUCACGUUGAUUUAAUCAGAGCCCGGUUGUCACGUCAAGAUCAUUCGACAACAAGUAGACUAAGUGAACGGACUUGAAGUAAAAAUUCGGCAAUGUUAUCAUCAUCUCGCCUCCUUCGCUUCCUUCGAAACCCCUCAAGAAUAGACCGUUCAAUGAGCCUCCUGAAGAAUCAAGCCUACGUAAACGGAAAAUGGGUGGGGUCGACCUCCUGCGAGACCUUCGCGGUCCACAACCCAGUGGACAACUCCACCAUCACCCAAGUCCCCGACAUGACAAUCGAGGACACCGCCCUUGCCAUAAGCUCCGCAAAAACUGCCUUCAACUCCUUCCGAACGACAACAGCCAAGGAACGAAGUGAUCUCCUCCGUUGCUGGUACAACCUGAUGGUCCAGAACUCGGAGGAACUCGCAGAGAUCCUCACAAGGGAAAAUGGGAAGAGUUUAGCUGAGUCUCGAGCCGAAAUAAAAUACGGAAACUCAUUCGUCGAGUGGUUCUCCGAAGAGUCACGUCGCAUAAACGGAGAGAUUCUUCAAGCACCUGUGCGCAACCGAAAGCUGAUGAUUCUCAAGCAACCAAUUGGUGUUGCAGCUUUAAUCACCCCCUGGAACUUUCCCCACGCGAUGAUCACGAGGAAAGCUGGGGCUGCGAUUGCUGCAGGCUGUACUUGUAUCAUAAAACCAUCAGAGGACACCCCCCUGACAGCUCUAGCUCUAGCUAAACUUGCUGAAGACGCUGGCUUCCCUGCAGGAGUCAUCAAUGUGAUCACUACGAGCCUGAAAAACUCAGCCCCUGUGGGAAAACUCCUCUGUGAAUCUCCUGAUGUUCGAGCUCUCUCCUUCACUGGAUCAACUCCAGUGGGGAAGAUUCUGUAUGAACAAUGUGCGGCAACAGUCAAGAGAAUUAGUCUCGAAUUAGGUGGAAAUGCUCCUUUUAUAAUAUUUGAAAAAUCCAACGUGGAUCUUGCUGUGACUGGAGCUAUGGCCUGUAAAUUCAGAAACACUGGACAGACUUGUGUCUCUGCAAACAGAUUCUACGUUCAUAGUAAAAAGUUUGAUGAGUUUAUUGAUAAAUUCAUGGCGAGAAUUGCUAAUGACAUUAAAAUGGGAGAUGGAAGUAGGGAAGGGGUCACUCAUGGACCCCUCAUUAAACCUAGUCAGGUGGAGACUGUUGAGAGGCUGGUAAAUGAUGCUGUGAAGAAGGGAGCAAAGUUGCAUUGUGGGGGGAAACGACUGCAUGACCUUGGCCCUUUGUUCUAUGCUCCAACUGUUUUGACUGGUAUUGAUGACAGUAUGGAGAUCUGUGGGAAAGAGAUCUUUGGUCCCGUUGCUGUGAUCCAUAGGUUUGAGGAUGAGGAGGAAGUUCUGAAGAUGGCGAAUAGUGUUCCAGUGGGAUUGGCUGGGUAUUUCUUCUCAGAUGAUUUGUCGCAGAUUUUCAGGGUUGCUGGAAAGCUGGAGGUCGGGAUGAUUGGGGUGAAUGAGGGGCUUAUUUCGUGUGCUGAGGCUGCGUUUGGGGGGGUUAAAGAGUCGGGUAUUGGGAGAGAGGGGUCUUCACAUGGGGUGGAAGAUUUUCUUGAUAUCAAGUAUCUGUGCAUUGGGAAUAUACAGUACUGAGUGAUUUUCAUUAAUUAAUAUUUAUGUAAUAAAGCGGUAAAACAUAAUAA